AUGACGGCCGCACACCUUUCUUCCCGGACGCUGUCCAAACAGCUUCUAGCCAGGUCGACUGGGGCGUUCACGCGACCUUUUGCAACCAACUCUCUUCUACGCGUUAAUUGCAGCUGCACCCCCAACAAUGAACCUUCCGACCAUCGCCGCGGCUACGUAAUCCUCUCAUCGAUCUCGAAAGUAGUUAGAUCAUACGCGACAGCUGCAGGGAAGCCUGUGAGCAAGCCAAAGGCUCACACUGGACGCGUACCUGCGAAGUCAAAGCGCACUGCGAUCACAACCCCCCGAAAAGCAAAAUCAGCAAAGAAGUCCACCAAAAGAGCCAAAAAGAACACUGUCAAGAAGACCAAGCCGAAAGGUAGAAAGCCACCUAGCAAAUCUGCUCUCCUCCAGAAAGCACGAAAAGAACAAGCCGAGUUGCGUGCCACAGCUUUACUCGAUGAACCAAAACUGCUUCCUGAGACAGCGUGGACACUAGUAUUUGCGGAGGAAGCAAAGAAACAUGGAGAUGUCAAGAGCAAAGCUGCUGCCGCCGCUGACAAGUACAAGAAUUUGUCAGCUGAAGAGCGCGAGCGAUACAAUCACGAAGCCAAUGCGAACAAAGAGAAGAAUGCACAGGCAUACAAGCAAUGGGUUCAGAGUUACACUCCACUUGAGAUCAAGAAUGCCAACACUGCUCGACGUCAACUCCAGCGAAAAGCCAAAGCGGAUGGAAAGAAGACCACGUACUCGGGUAUCAAGGACGACCGAACGGUGAAACUUCCAGUGACAGCCUAUGCCUACUUUUUCCAAAAUCGUCAUGCAUCUGGCGACUUCAAAGGAGUAUCCAUUGGAGAGAUAGGGAAAUUGGUUGGUCAGGAGUGGAAGAGCCUGUCAUCCUCUGAAAAGCAGAUAUACAAUGACAAGGCCGACUCGGACAGAAAUCGAUACGUGGAAGAAUAUAAAACUGUGUACGGCAUCGACGCUCCUCGUGUCAGAUCUAGAGCAACAUAA